CUCCGCAGGAGCCUGAUGCCACGCACCCUGGAGGGACAGAUCACCAUGGAGAAGACCCCCAGCUACUUUGUCACCAAGGAGGCGCCGCGGCGCAUCCACAGCAUGUCGCGGGACACCAAGCUGAUCGUGGUGGUGCGGAACCCGGUGACCAGGGCCAUCUCUGACUACACACAGACCCUCUCCAAAAACCCCUCCAUCCCCAGCUUCCAGGCCCUGGCCUUCAAAAACCUCAGCACGGGACUGAUCGACACGAGCUGGAGCGCGGUGAGGAUCGGCAUCUACGCCAAGCACCUGGAUAAUUGGCUGCAGUACUUCCCGCUCUCCAAAUUCCUCUUUGUCAGCGGGGAGAGGCUGGUCAGCGACCCUGCCGGGGAGAUGGGGCGUGUCCAGGACUUCCUGGGGCUCCAGAGGGUGGUGACGGACAAACAUUUCUAUUUUAAUGAGACCAAGGGCUUUCCCUGCCUGAAGAAGCCGGAGGGGGGGAGCAAACCCCGCUGCCUGGGGAAAUCCAAGGGGCGGCCACACCCCAAAAUCGACGGGCAGGUGGUGCAGCGCCUGCGGGAGUUCUACAGACCCUUCAACAUGAAGUUUUAUCAGAUGACAGGGCAGGAUUUUGGGUGGGACUGAGCCCAUCCCCCGGGCACGCUGCCGGGCUGGCACCUGGGCUGCCAGGACUGUGGUCCAGAGAUGCCUGUGGUCACUGUGGUCCAGGGAUGCUCAUGAUCACUGUGGUCCAGGGAUGCCCAU